UACACUUAUAUUCACAAAAGUUUUUGAAGAAUUUUACUGUUCAGUGAACAAUUACUAUUUCUUAUAUAUAAAAAACAAGUGAGGAGCAAUUUGUUGAAUAUGCCAAUGCUGUCGAAUACUUCUGAUCAUGAUGAAGAUGAAGAUGAUAUAUUAGCUGAAUAUGAAAAUAAAGAUUCUGAUGAAGAUCAGGUUGAUGUUAAAAAAAAUGAAGAUAUUGGUUCAGAAAAUGAAGAAGAAACUGCCCGAAGAGUUGAUCCAACAACAUCCGUGAAACAUGUUGUAAGAAAUCCUAUACCUAAAUUAAAUACAGAACGUCUGAAAGGCCCUAAAGGAAUACAUACAAUCGAAAAGUAUUUUGAAGGUUUUAAAUUUCAUGGAAAAGGAUAUGAGAAAUUAGAUUUAGAUAGAGUCAUGAAAAGGAUGGAGCAUUGGGGACAUAGACUAUUCCCUAAAUUAGACUUUGAUGAUUUUCUUGAAAAAGUGGAGAAAUUGGGUUCUAAAAAAGAUCUUCAGGUGUUUAUUAAAAAAUAUCGACAAGAUAUGAUAAGUGCAGAUGAUAAUCUGACUACUCAGGAUGAUAUGGAUGCAGAAGAAGACAAAGAGCAAGAUGAACCUAUUGAUGAAUUUGAUAUGCUAAUUGCUGAGCAAAUAGAGAAACAAAAACAAGUUAUGCAACAAUCAACAUUGUCUGAUACAUCCAUUAAUAAUGAAGAUACAUUUAAUGCAUUAUUGUCACAGUCUAAUGUCACCAAGAAUUCACAACCAGCAAAUGUGAAUUCUGCUUCACAAUUGAGCGAUGAGAUGAAAGAGCGUAUAGAACGAAAUAGGCAACAAGCUAUUCAAAGGAGACUUUCAAGACUUAAGGAAAUUGAAGAAGCUAAGAAAAAGAAAUUAGAAGAUGCAGAAGAUUCGCAAUUUGAAAAUGAUUCAUUUACCACACAAACAUCUAAAAUAUCUCAAAAUUCAGAAAGCAAAGAAUGUGAGAUUAAUUCCCAAAUAAAUGAAAAUCAUGGAUCUUGAAAUAAGAAUAUUACUAUACGAUUUAUAAUAUGAUUAUGAAAAGACUUUCUAAGUAUUAUUGUAGAAUUUAGGAGACAUGUUUAAUAAAUGAUUUAUUAUUAAAAACUAAAGAGACUUAUUUAACC